UGACGUAAACAAUGGGGCGGGCACCUAGCACUUGACUGCCUCUGUGCCUAUUAGAGAUUACUGAGACGGCUGGAAAUCGAAUUCACGCUUUUGGUUUUCUUUCUCAGGCUUGUACAUUUGGCUUUUUCUGUUGUAUAUGUUUUUGAAAUCCCACGUUGGACAUAUUCACAUAUCAUUUACUCGGACGGGAAUAUCCGGUGGUCAUACGGGACAAUUGAAUUUGUGUUCAAGCCAGAGCUGGAGGAUUUGAACGCCAGGGCAGGCUACACGCGCUUCUUCUGCUUCAAGCUUCUGGCAGCGAAUGUAUUUCACAUUGGAUUAAACUUCGGGAAAGUUUAACAUUUUCUCGGAAGCAAGCAGAUUUGGUUUACCCAUAUUGUGCGAUGCGCUGAAUUGUGCUGGUGAUUAUUUCGAGACUCAAAGAAAAAGGACAGCGUGGACGUUUUGAAUUUCUGUUCUGUUGCGGACAGCAAGAAUAUGCUGACUUUAAAUUAGUUUAGUAAAAAUAGCAUCCAUAUUUUAACUAUUUAAUCUAUUUAAACUGUGCGUAGCCAAAUCUACAAUCUUCCUCGUUAUAAUGACCCGGAGCUGAGACUGGAAACAGAGGACUGUCUCCGAACUAGUAAGCGGUUCCUGUUGUUGGAACAUGAAGUCAGUUACUGGACUGUUUGCUUCAACUGUGUUGCUGUGUUACACGAUCUCAUCUUGUAGCGCCACUAUCAACAACCAUGGAGUCAAGCCGGAUUCCCUUAAAUUUAGGGACAUAUAUAACUUCAGCACCUUUCUGUUGGACCCUGAGUCCGGGAUGCUCUACGUUGGUGCGUGUGAUGCAAUCAUUGCUGUGCAUACUGCUGACCUAUCAAACCCAUCAAGGAUGAAGAUUGAGUGGAGUGUUCCAGAAGACAGGAGGAAAUCUUGUGUUGCUAAGGGAAAAACCGAGGGUGACUGCAAGAACUACAUCCGUCUGCUUGAGUUUUUGGGAGAUGGACGCAUAUAUGCCUGUGGGACCUUCGCCUUUGAUCCCCAGUGUGCUUAUAUUAACAUCUCUUCAUUCUCUCUGGAGAAACAUGAUGAUGGUAGCAUAAAGAUGGAGACAGGGAAGGGGAAAUGCCCCUUUGAGCCCAGCCAGCAUUACACCGCUGUCAUGGCAGGAGGGAUCCUUUACACUGCCGCCACAAGUAACUUCCUUGGCACAAUGUAUGACAUUUCCAGGGCAACGGGCAUCGAGCAGGAACGCAUCCGGACUGAGCAAUCAAUCAACUGGCUUAGUGAUCCAGAGUUUGUCAGUUCUGCCUUCAUCCAAGAGAAUAAGAUGAACAAUCCUACUGGUGAAGAUGACAAAAUUUACUUCUUCUUCACUGAGGUGGCUAAAGAGUAUGACCUCUUCACCAAAGUCAAAGUGCCCAGAGUUGCCAGGGUCUGCAAGUCUGAUGUAGGUGGUAUGAAGACUCUGCAAAGGCGGUGGACGACGUUUUUAAAGGCCCAGCUGGUGUGUGAAGAUCGAGCAAGUGGACAGCGAUUUAACGUUCUGACUGAUGUGUUCACUGUACAGCACCAGUCUGGAGACCCCAGCAGCACACAUUUCUAUGGCAUAUUCACCUCACAAUGGGAAAGAGAGGAGCUAUCAGCCGUGUGUAUGUACAGUCUAGAGGAGAUCACUAAGGUGAUGGACGGACCUUUUAAAGAGAUGAAGAAGAGCUGUGAGAACUGGAUUAACCCAGAGCCCAUUCCAACACCACGACCAGGACAGUGUUUGAAUACUGCUCUGAAGGAGCAAGGCUUUGAGUCCUCCCUGAAGCUGCCUGAUAAAGUGCUGACGUUCAUGCGUGAUCACCCGCUCAUGGAGAACAGUGUUGUGGCAGCGCCAUUAAUGGUCAGAAAUGGCAUCACAUACACUAAACUUGCCGUUACGCCCUCCGAUGGCACAAAGCAAAACAUGGCCACUGUUUUGCACCUUGGAACAGAUCAUGGAGAGCUACACAAUGUCGCUGUAGUUGGUCCGAAUGCAACUCUUAUUGAAGAAAUCCCCCUGUUUUCUGCACAGGAGCCAGUGAAUAACAUAUUGCUAUACAAAAAUGAGACUCUUGUGGGCUCUCCUCGCUCUCUGAAGAAGUUACCCACAGUGAAUUGUCCUCGGUACUCUACCUGCGAGAUGUGUGCACGUGCCCGAGGCCUUGGCUGCGUAUGGAGUCAUGAAAAUAAAACUUGUGCUAUGCCUAUGCCUCAUGAAGUGUUUGAAGCAGAAGAUUUGGUCAAGCAAUGCAACAAUGGUGAAGGUCUCUGUUCCCCACCUGUAAUUGAAAGGCGUGUCGUACUGGGUCUGCGCAUCCUGCUUUCUUGUGUGCAAGUGUCUCCUCGUCCUUGCCGCUGGGAGCACCCCCCUGAUAUUCACACUCGCCGCCACAACUAUGACCUGGAGGUGCAGGUCACAAAUAAGAGCCUGGGCACUUACAGGUGCCUAUGUGAUGAAGUGGGCAGAGAUCAGCCACCUUGUCGCAGAGCCGAGUACCAGCUGACCCUCGAAAACCCCAGCAUGGGGGGGAACGUGGCCAUCGCGGGUAGCCGACACUUCCUGGCCUCGCACAUCAUUUUUUUCAUCAUAGGUUUUGUAUUGGGUGGCAUUCUGUUGUUUCUAAUUUACAAACGACAAGGUGGCAUGAGAGGGGGCGGACACUCAUCAUCCACAUUGGAAAAGGGGCGGGACUUGCUUCCUUCUACAGACACACCGCAGUCUCCAAGCAGCGCCAGUCUGUUGUCGGAGGCUGUUCCGUUGACAGAGAAAAGGAACGGGACGCUAAACGGUCACGGACACAGUAUGCACACGGGUGGGCACAAUGGCAGGCAUUUUUACACCAACUCAAGUGAACUAAAACUGCAGGAGUCAGCUGUGAACCUGGCAGAGGAGCUGGAUGGAAGAGAAAGGGCGGGGCCAGGUGGAGAGGAGGAGGGGCUGGGGGAGGGGCUUAGUGAGAUGGAGGAGGAGUUGUCUAAGAUUCCUUGCCUAAGAGGAGCACCACUGGCACUGUGCGAAGAAAGCUCUAUCUGAAGACCGGCAAACGCGUGAUUUUUUUUAAAUUAAAUUCUGUGAAAGGCUCAAAACACAGAUGGAGGGCUGGAGGAGAAGAGGAAAGCAGACAAUCAAAGAAACUGAUACACAUUCCAAAUAUACGAUUAACAUGCGCAGAUACACAAAGAAGCACAUACAUAACUGACUCCUCUACUACUCCAUUACAGCAGCAUCCAGUCCAUUCACUCCUGUGUACAUAACAUGCUGUGUCUAUCCUACUGUUUUUGCAUGUGUGUGAUCAGACGGAUGGGCGGAAUCACGAGCACUUUUGCGUACCAUCCUCAAAGCUAUGUGCACACACAUGGACAUAGUCUGUGCAUCUGUGUGUGUAAUUCUGUAGUUGCUCGGUCCGCUUCCUCUUUGAGUCCAAAAGGUCCGCAGACCAGAGCAGUGCAAAGUCGUGAAGAAUCUGCUCAUCCUGGGCCGAUUACUGAAAUAAAAUGAUUUGAUUUGUCACCAAAAAUAGCUCUGUGAUCUUCACAGCAGCAUUUAAUGACCGAAUGACGGAGAUACUGGAAAUGCAAUUUUUUUUUGCCUUAUAGAUAAAGAGGUCUGCUAAUGUACUGCUAAUGAAGGUACCGUGGCCUAUGGCAGGGCUGGAUUGUAGGGGCCCUCAGAGCAUACAGUACGAGCUGAUUCAGUGGGCCCUUGGUGUAGGAUAUAUGGAAAUAAUAACUAAAAUGGACCUCCAAAGAGUGUGCCCUCAUGGGAACAUGAGCCGGUCCUGACCUAUAGUGCCCAAGUCUUAAUGGAGAGAGAAAAUGAGUAACAAAACUAUUUAGCAAUCUUCUCUCAGUAGGAGAGAGCAUGUCAAACCUGUGAACUGAUAGCAGAUGGUGAGAAUUUGGCCACUGCAAAAUAAACCAGCCACAUUCCCAGAGCAAGACGGUUAUUCUUCUCUGGAAUGGAGCUGGCUGUGUUUUGUGCAUCCACUGCCAUCCGUAUAGGGACCAGAUGUAGCAUGUUCUGUUCGUAAUAAUCUGCACAGACAAAGGACCACAAGAUGAUGGAUGUCACUUUAAAUUGUUUAGCAUGUCAGAUGAAAUGAAAAGUGAAGGAAAUGUUUGAUUGUUUUGAAUUUCCCUUUAAGGACAGAGAAUGUGCCAUUUGAAGGUGUGUUUAGCCCCACUAAAGUGCAUGAGACAAAGCAGCCAUGAAUACAGAGCUCCAGAUUUGUUAUACAACGAUCAGGGGCUACGGCGUAACCUAAAGCACUCCUAGUACAAAGAGUGUUUCUAUUUAUGUAGCCAUAAUGAUGUCUGUUUCAGGAGUAUGUAAAUAUCUGUGAAUAUAAAAGAAAAUGUGAGAAAGAUCUUUCAAACGUGUUUUUUUUUAUUCUCUCUUUUCACCACUAGAGGGAGUUCUUCCUAAGUGUAAAACUCUGCCAUCUUAACGGUUGGACCAUCUACUGCCAUUUUUCAUUAGAAUAACUUGGAUCUACCUUAUGUUCUUCAUUUAUUUAUUUUGUGUUUUUUUUUUUUUUUUUUGUAAAACAAAUAUUUGUAACAUUGUCAAGCAAAGUGAAGGUAACAAUAUAUCUUGUCUUCUGAAUAGAUCUCUUUGUCAGCGCUCAGUAAAAUAAUAAAACAGGUACAUUUAACCCCAUAAACUUCUCAUUCACAAAAUCUUGAUCUUCUCUUGAGUUUGAGGUGAUAGUUUAUAACACUCCUUCACCCUCUUAAUGUACCGUAAUAAAUCUGCUGUAGUUAGACUUGUCCACAAUGGUUUUAUGUUAAUAAUCAUAAAAAUAGCAGAUCAGUUAGUGUUACAUGCCCUUUGUUGUUUAUUCUGAAUAAAUAAAUGUUAAUUGAUGUACAGAUAUGUUGUAUUCUAAGUUUCUAUUUUUAUAAUUUAUAUAUGAUGAAGAUAAAUGUACAUUUGUGUUUGAAACAUUUAUUGAAGGUGUUUGUGUGUGAAUGGCUGUAUGUGUGAAUGCCUUGUGACGCUAUUUGGAAUAAAAUAAAAUAAAAAACUACCUCUCAA